AUGGCGGCUGGAAUGGGCAAUCUUCGUCGCUUGCCCGUUGUGGUAAUUCUGGGCUCCACGGGAACAGGAAAAUCGAAAUUGGCUAUCGAAAUUGGGAAACGAUUUGGUGGUGAAAUCCUUAGCGCCGACUCCAUGCAAGUUUACAAAGGUCUGGACAUUUUAACAAACAAAGUUAGCGCUGAAGAGCUUUUGGAGUGUCCACACCACUUGAUCGAUUUCGUGUCGGCGCCGAAGGAAUUUUCAGUUGUAGAAUUCAGAAACAUGGCCAUACCAUUGAUCGAUGACAUCAGGAAGAGAGGGAGAAUUCCUAUAAUGGCAGGAGGCACAAAUUAUUACAUUGAAUCUGUUUUGUGGGAUAUGUUGAUUGACGAUGCAUGCAAUCAACCUGAUGGUACUUCUGGUAGCUCAAGUAGCGAUGAGGAUGAAUCAGAGGGGCCUAGAAAAGCAAUCAAAAGGCGAAAGGAUAUUCAAAUUUUGGAAGGUGCAUCUUCUGUUCGGGUGAUUUGUGAGAAAGGAAUGUGCAAUGAAGGCAAGAAAUCCAGCCAGCCUGAUCAAAUGUCUUGCCAUGAUGAGGCAAUAGGACAGAUUUCUAAUUGUAAGAGCAAAAGUUAUGAACCCAGUCUCUAUGAAAGACUCAGGGAGGUUGAUCCUGUUAUGGCAGAUCGUCUCCACCCAAGGGAUUCCAGAAAAAUUGCUCGCAGUCUUCAGGUUUAUGAACAGCAUGGCAAACAGCACAGUCAGCUUCUGAGAGAGCAGCAACAGAAAAACGGAGGCAGUGCUUAUGGUGGACCAUUGAGAUACGAUGACAUAUGCGUGUUCUGGUUACAGUGUGAGAGAGAUGUUUUAAAUAAACGAUUAGAUGAAAGAGUUGAUGAAAUGCUGGAAAGAGGCUUGAUUAAUGAGCUGUUAAAUUUCCACAGGGAAUAUAACUCUGUUUUUGGGAAAAAAGAAACCACAGUGAAAUACACAGAAGGCAUUUUUCAGUCUAUUGGCCUUAGAGAUUUCCAUGAGUUUCUUGUCAAGCAGGAGGGAAAGAUGUUUGAUGAAUCUAAAGCCUCUGACAGAGAUAAAGCUCUUUUAUCUCUAUGUGUUGAAAGUAUGAAAUCUACUACCCGCAGAUAUGCUAAAAAGCAAAUGACAUGGGUGAAAAACCGAUUUUUGGCACGCCCGCAGUCCUCUGCUCCUGAUGUGUAUGGUCUUGAUGUCACUGAUCUUGAAAACUGGGGGAGCAAUGUUCUUAAAAAUGCAUUAGAUGUUUUGGAUAAGUUAAUGAAAGGGGAAAAACCUUUAUAUGAACCUCUUUCGAGGGUGAUUGUCACAGAUGACAGGCAUGCAAGGCACGUAUGUGAGAUCUGUGAUAACCGUGUUAUUCUUGGGGAAGAGAACUGGAGCAGACACGUGAGAUCAAAGAAACAUAAGUGGCAUUUGAAAAGAGAGCUCAGAAACAGAAAAUCAAAUCUUGAUGUAGCUUAGAUUUAAAAUAAGGUGUGUUGAGAGUAUAAAGUGACCGCUGUUUGUUUAAUGGGCCUUUUGCUGCUAGACAGUCAUGGGUACAAAAACACCUUACUAGGACGCUAACAAUGCAAUGGGGGAAGAAAAACCAAGGAGUUGCUUAAUUAAAAAUGGUAAUUCCUUUCUUUUGGAGGUCCCACUGCAUUUUUUUACCUCCCAUCACGGUGUUUGUGUACCAUAUGAAUUUUAAGCUACAAAGAUCCAUUGGCCUACACCUUGCUAUGAUGCUGCAUUUGCCUCGCUUGGCACAUAAGGUGCCUGUUAUCAGGCUACUCUCUUUAAACUUAGCUAGGUCUUUUUCAGAACUACCUUGGAAAAUUCACAGAACAUUUCAUUGGUGCCUUAUAAAUAUUAUAUACAGUAUUUGCACUCACAUAAACUGUUGCUGCAAGGAAAAUCCAAGGAGCUUUUCUUCAGAUUCACAUUUUUUUUUUCACUUAAGUAUGCACAUAAGAGUUAUUGCUUAGCUUAAAUUUUGUUAGCCAUGUACUAUUAUUUUAAUAGAUGUAACCAGGAGAAAAUUUUUAGAGCUAAGUGUUUAUCUGUGUUAUGUUCUGAAAUAGUAAAAAAUUAACAUUCCUUUUGUUAAUAAAUAAAUAAAAAAUGAUAAUAUUGAUAAUAAUAAUAAUAAACAAAACAAACAUAACAAAAGAAAUAACUAACAAAUUUCUGGACGAGGUUGAGCAAAAUGUCGUGAUUUGUGAGUGGCAAGUAGAUGAUCUGCGUGACACUGACAAAUCACGGUACUUUGCAAUAACCCAGUUCAAUAAUAAUUGUUUAAUCACUUGGUCACCGAGUUUGUUUUUUAAUUGAUAUCUUCAGGAAGCAAAGUGAUCUGCCAUUUUCACGCAAGAAGGAGAAAAGCGUGGUUUCAUUUACAAAUGAACAGAAUAUUAUUUGUAACUGUUGUGGUUCAAUCUUAUCCUUGGUUUAGUUUUUCUUUUAUUUUGUUUUUGGGUAUGGUAAUGUAUGACAAUGAAGUUAAAACAAAAGAAGAUAAAAAUUUAAACCAAGGAUAAAAUUGAACCACAACAUAGACAAACACAGUUGGAUGACAUUGCACAUGAGCAGACCAUUAUUUGAAGGCAGUUAUUUGUAGGUCACAUGGUGGGCUCUCGGCCAAUGAGAGGAAGAAAAGUUUGCAUUGGAUAUGUACCACUAGUCAUUGUCAGGAAUGGCAAUAUCUAUGCCAUUUCUCUCAGAUUAUCCAGGAGUCUCCGAGAUAUGGCACCAAUCUUCCACUUUAUUGAACAUGUGACCAUAUCUCCCAGAUAAAAUUGACCUCUAGGCUUUUGUGUUCUUUAGCUUGGAAUAUGGCCCAUUUUUCUCAGAAUUCAAUUUUUUUUAUUCUUAGGAGGUUUCUGGGGCAUUUUUGCGGAAAUUUUAUCAAUGAGAAAGAUUAUUUCGUCAUUACCAGAUUAUAUAGCUUGUGUUGCAGACAUAAUCUAAUCCUGAUUUGCAACGUUGAUAUCCUUGCUCUGGGCCCCCAAUGGACUCAAUGAAUUACUGGAAAUCCUUUUUGAAUUUCCCGUCAACCUGAUUGGCAAAUUAUUGAAGAUAUUUUUAACACGCCAAUCAUGGCACAGACUCAAAUCCUGGUACACAUGCACAGAUGAUCUUAACUAGAAGUUAAGUUUCAUCAGUGGAGCAGGCUGCAGAUUACAAUGAUAAAAGUGACUUCUCAUGGCAUGUACCUCAUGUGAAACUUCAUAUAAUGUCUUUACGCUUUAAGUCCCAUGAGUGACCGACAUGAAUUUUCUCCUAACAAUGUCCUUACAUCACCAAAAGAAAAGUGUAUGAGAAUUUAGAAAAUGGUCACCAAGGGCAAAAUACUUUUAUUAUUUUUUUUAAAAUUCCCUCACCAUCUGUAAGGAAAUAUAAAAUGGAGAUUAAAAGUCUGGAGAAUUUCAGUUUCAUUUUUUUUUUUCGUUUUUUCCCCAAACCAUAGGAGAUGAUAAUACAGAAUGAGGUAUUAAGUGAAAAAGUAAGUAACAAGUAAUAUUAACAAAGGAAAGAAACGUGUACAAUACAAAAUUACAGCACUUAAAUUAAAUCACAUUGUAUAUAGGAAGGAUAGGAGAGGGGCACAUCUAGAUAAACUAAUAUUGUGCCCCUUAUGUAUUACAAAAAACUUGUAAUUUUUAAUAAAAAAGUGGAGACUUUGUAUGUGGAUAUACAAUAAUUGGGGGGGGGGGGCUCCCAUCAGUAUUCUAGGUGGGCGUUAAAGCAAAAGAGAGGGUCUCCAGUUUUUAGAUCUGCAGAAGUACGUUGGCAUAUGCGUAUAAGAAUAAUAUACUAGAAGAUUUAAGUCUUAAAACAGAGUUGAAAUAGCACCCUUUCUUCUUCUUCAAAGUCCAAAAUAUAUAUCCCAACAUCCCCUACCAUGAUUCCUUGCUUCCCUCCCUGUUUUUAGUCCUACAUUUUCAUUGUUAACAUGUAUGGUAUGAAAGAAAAUCGGGAAAAAUCCACAGCGUGGUUACCCUGGGUACCAGAGGUUUUCUCUCGCCUCUUGCAUGCGACGUGGGGCUUAGCACAUGAAAAGCCUCUGGGACUGGCCCCGGGUCUGGCACCCCAGCGUGGUUACGUUACUUGUGCCAUCCUUGGGUUGGUCAGCGGCAUCGUUUUUGUGAUGAAAUUUAAAAUGGCGGCGGCAGCAGUGAAAUUUGUUUGGUUAGAAACGAUUCGUAACGCGAGAAAAACAAGCCUUGUUCAAGACGGUAAGAAGUGAAUAGUUCAUUUUUAUGUUCACAUAGUUAAACAGAUGCUUUUCUUGGUAUAAGCUAGCAGAACUACAAUAGUUUAUAAGACAAAGUACACCUACAGCUGCAAGUAAGCUCAUAUCCCUCCCUCUCGGGUCCCUGCGUGCAUUGUUUUGAAUAUUCAGCUGCUUUAUUUGCAUCGCAGUUUGCAGGCGUAGCAGUAUUCACGAAUUCAGUUGAGUGCGAUGUUUAGUAACGUCUUGUUGAAUGUAUACAUUGCAACAAUGUUUUCUAUAAUAUUAUAAAAAAGUAGUGUUACUGUUUUCUUGAUCAAGAAUUGAGUUGGCACGGUAUAUGUAGCUGUUUUUAUCUCUUUUUAUACGUUCUAGGCCGUCGGAAAGUACAUUACACUUUCCCUGAUGAAGCAGAGAUGGUUGAAGAGUAUGAUGUAUCCUCUGGAGAACUUUUAGGUCAGAAAAUUAGAAAUAAGCUGGCGCUGGUAGCUUUUACAGGUCUUUUGGGAUUGAAUUACUGUGCAAUGACUUUUCUCAACAUCUGCAGCUACAUCAAUAAAUUGCAAGAUCGCUAAGGAGACAUGUCGCAAGAAUAAAUAAAAAAAUAAAUAAUCAAUCAAAACUCACAGCUAAAAGACAGUGGGUUUGCAAUCAGCCAGAUUAAGUCAAAAAGCACUUGUGGCAAGCUUAAAAUUGUCAGUCGAAUCAAUGUCUAAAUAAUUAUUAGGUGGUAGAGGGUUCCAGUCAUUAAUUGUCCUUAGCCAGAAACUUAAUUUGUAAGCAUCACAUGAAGUUUGGAUAGGGAUGAAUUUGAGCGGAUGAAAAUUUCGAGUUGUCGAGCUGGACUUGUUUUGAACUUGGGUUAGAAUGGUGAUUGGACUUCUUUUAUGCACAGGCAACCCAAGCUCAGUUUAGUAUACAACAGGCCCCAGUUGUUCAAAAGGUGGAUAGCGCUAUCCAGCGGAUAAAACACUAUCCAGUGGAUAACGCAAUUGGUUUCCCUAAUACUUAUCCACUGGAUAGUAAUUUAUCUGUUGGAUAGCGCAAUCCAACUUUUGAACAACUAGGACCUGGUGAUUAUAAACAAUUGUGAGGUAAUGUGUUACAAAGUUUUUCAAUGGAAGGAUUGUAUGGGCUUGCAAGAAUAUGUGAGAUGUUGUGUUACAACGGUGGGUUCGAAGAAUAUAAUUUAUUGUAAAGGUUUGCACGGGAUCGCAACUGAUUUAAUUUUUAAAAGAAACAAAUAAUGUUAAUUUUUGAAUAAAAGUUAACUUACAUUCUUUUGGUGUUGCAUUCCUCAUCUUUUAUUCACAUUUAAUCCCCAUUUCUGCCAAUCUCGAUGAUUUACUGUUGACAGAGUUUUCACUGCUAUUUCUUUUUUUAAAACAUUAAAUCAGUCGCGAUCCCAUACAAACCUUUAUAAUCUUUGAACUGACCAUUGUAACACAACACCUCACACAUGUUGUUAUGUUUAUAAUCGUCUAUUGUACACUUAAGUGAGCUUCGGCUGGCUAUGUGUUAUGUACAGCUUUCUAAACCAAAAGUUGUCACUGAUUGUUGUUGUAAACCACAGUUGUCAUUGAUUUGAAUCACCGCUCAGAAUAUCACAUAAUUCGCAUAAACAAAAACACAUCAUUUUUUGAGAGGUUGUCAUAUUGUGCAUGUUUACAAAAGGUUACCAAGGUUACAAAUCAAAUCUCAGAUCUUAGAAACGUUACUGCAAAUUAAAUAAAGUUGCUGCAACUGCAAAAACCACAUUGGGAGUCCGUUCAGGUCUGUCUUUGACUUUCGUACAACUAUACUGAGUCCUCCUCUUCCCAUCAGUGCAUGCACAUACUUUCCUGUCACUUAAUUUGCAGCAACUGCUUUUAUUUGCAGGAACUAUUUUUUAUUUACUACAAUAAUUUUAUAUUUGCAGCAGCAACUUUUAUUUAAAUUACAACAAUUGCUUUUUAUUUGCAGCAACUUUUUCAUUUGCAGCGUGUCCCCUGUGGGCCACCAUAGUAAGAGUACCUCUUCAGUACAAUUUAUGAAUGAUGUACAUGUACAUAUUGAAUUACUAUGUGUGUCAUCCAAUUUUUUUUUCCUUUGUUUCAGUGAGAAAAUGGAAAAGUAAAUCUGGACUUGGAAAAGAGGGGAAAUGGGAAUUUGAGAUAGGUGAAGACAUGAGACCAGUCAACCUUGAUGUGGAGAAUAUUACAGAGAGCAGAGGAAAUGUGAGUCGGAGCUUGACCUAACCUGAAGGCUGUUGGUCAUGGAUGCAUUUUUGUGUCAGAUAUACCAAUUUUUUACUGUCGGAGGAUUAAAACUUGUUCAUUUGUAAAGUUGCUGUAGUUUUUAACAUGUGGCUUUUGCAAUUAAUUAUUAUCAAUUAGCCUACUCUGAUUUUAUGUAAUGGACCAUUCUCGUUGCAUAACUAUUAUUAUGAUAAGUGUACACUUAGAAGAGUAAAUGUUAUUGUCUGUAAUUUUUACCCUGUAUUUGAUAAAUUUGUGACCAGCUUAGAGGAUUUGGCAGUAGCAGUGGAUUGCAUUCAAACCUUUAGGCAGACCUGCAUUAAGCAGUCACAUUCUUAUUAGUUCUGAAAAUCAUUUCCCUUAUACACUGUAAAAGUGACCUGUAUUAAGGUGGCUUGACUGGAUUUUUUUAGGGGGAUACCUCCCAAGUUUGAGCAUUAACCACGUCGGCAUGAGUAAAGAUAUCGAAAAAAAAGUUACCACAACUGUAUUAUAUAAAGAUGAAAAUUUCUUAUGAUCUGGGUUUUAUUGCAAUCGGAGUCGCCAUGGCAAUGUAAUGACGCCAUUACGUUUUUCAUUUAUCUUUGUGUUUCUCUGUACUAGGAGUUUUUUAAAGAAAUCGCUUAAGGGAGUAUGUAUCUGCCAUAAUUGCCUCCAUUAUGGCAAAGUUUAAAGAAAUUCUAUGAGAGCGUUUUCGAAAUAUUUUGAAAUGCAGUUUUAAGAAUCAUAAAAACAGUGAAAUAGCAUGCUAGCCGCAUAAUUCGCUAAUAUUUUAAGAAAAUGAUAAGCUUUGGGAACGCGGCUUCUUCUCAUAGUGGUUUGAUUCCACUGAAAACUGCUUACAAAAAAAGAGGGGAAUUGCUCUGGGCGAUCGCAAGUAAGAUGGAUUUUAUUAACUUGCAUUCAGCUGCUUUUGAUACAGUUUUUGGACGUAAUUUGGUCCAUGCCUAAAAAUUUCGCAUUUUUCCAAAAACCACUCGAUAAAUUUUUUUAUAAAUUCGACAAUUCCGCGAUCAAUCGUCAAGAAAUAUUCCCUGCAAGUUUCAAGAACAUUGAAAACAGGGAAGGCUUUUAAAUAGGGCCUCAAAUAUAGCCAAUUUUUCCCCCACAUUUUGUGUUUACAAGCGAGCGUCCUCAUUAUUCACUGGCAUUGUUUUCAAGUUUCAUAUACACGUGCACAUUUAGCAAAAAGACAGAAUUUGCAUCAAAAAGGACCCUCGGUUAGAUCUCCGGGAUGUGCUAAUUACCGGGUAAAUAGAUUAGUGAUACAUUAUAACAUCAGAGCAACUCUUUCUGAGAGUUUCUGUGAUGUUAUAACCCGAGUAAGAUAAUUAAGUUUUGCAUCCUACACAAUGAGCUGUGACGUUCACCGUUUCGGCUCUCACUGCUAUCUGUGACGACAAGCCAGUUAUUAGCAUAUUCCGGAUAUUUCUUCGCAAAGUAAUUGAGAGUUCUUUUUUAUGCAAAUUUAUAUCUUUUGCUAGUUGUGCACGUGCAUAUGGAACUUGAAAACAACGCCAGUGAAUAAUUAGGACGCUCACUUGUAAACACAAAAUCUGGAGGGGAAAUUGGUUAUGUUUGAGGGCCUAUUUAAAAGCCUUCCCUGUUUUCAAUGUUCUUGAAACUUGCAGGGAAUAUUUCUUGACGAUUGAUUUCGGGAUUGUCGAAUUUAUAAAAAAACUUAUCGAGCGGUUUUUGGAAAAAUGCGAAAUUUUUAGGCAUGGACCAAAUUACGUUCAAAAACUGUAUCAAAAGCAGCUGAAUGCAAGUUAAUAAAAUUCUUCUUACUCGCGAUCGCCCAGAGCAAUUCCCCUCUUUUUUUGUAUGCAGUUUUCAAUGGAAUCGAACCACUAUGAGAAGAAGCCGCGAUUCCAAAGCUUAUCAUUUUCUUAAAAUAUUAGCGAAUUAUGCGGCUAGCAUGCUAUUUCACUACUUUGAUGAUUCUUAAAACUGCAUUUCAAAAUAUUUCGAAAACGCUCUCAUAGAAUUUCUUUAAACUUUGCCAUAAUGGAGGCAGUUAUGGCAGGUACAUAUUCCCUUAAGCGAUUUCUUCAAAAAACUCCUGGUACGGAGAAACACAACAAUAAAUGAAAAACGCAAUGGCAUCAUUACGUUGCCAUGGCGACUCCGAUUGCAAUAAAACCCAGAUCAUAAGAAAUUUUCAUCUUUAUAUAAUACAGUUGUGGUAACUUUUUUUCCAUAUCUUUAUUCAUGCCGACGUAGUUAAUGCUCAAACUUGGGAGGUAUCAACCCCAAAAAAUCCAGUCGAGCCACCUUAAAGGAGUGGUCACCCUUUCCAUGGUCCCACAAGUUAUUUCUUAUGGUCUUCACUUUUAUUACAUAUAAAUGGACAAGAAUGUGAUGUCAAGAUGUGUCAUAAAAGAGCAAUUAACACAUUGUACAUAGCAUUCAGUGGUCUUGUACAGCUAUACUUCUUUUCUUUUGGCACAAGAAGUCAGUUGCGUCUAGAAACACUUUGAGGUCACUUUAUCAUGUGAUGGAUAUUUUGCUUUGCCACCAUCUUUUUCUUCUUGGUAAGGUUUUUCAAACCUGUAUUAAAAUAAUGGUCAACCUGUGUUAAGCAGUCAGUUAUGGCCAUUCCCCAAAGGUGAAUGCUUAAUGCAGGUUUGACUGUAAUAAAGGUGUGAAUACAACCAUAAGAAUCAAUAAUAGUGGAGCUCCCUGUGCACGCUUUGCUAAGAAAAUUUUGUUAUCUAUCCACCCAAGAAACUUUGGUAGCCACCUGACCGUACAUCCGCACCACAGGGAAACCAAUGUAAAAUGUCACGCUUUUCAGCAAGUCUGAGAGCCUGGACCUGAUAUUGCAUAUCCACGUUGUGGUCAAUUGACAGCUGUCAAAAAAGGUUAUCUGCUGACCAGUAUCACAUGACUGUUAGUAUAUCGCGAACUCUUAAGUCGACCCAUUGAAGUUAACAUGUAUUUUUUUUUUACAUAAUGUAAUUCUCCGAUGACUAGUUAUCAGUUGCUAACUGAUAGCAGGCUCAUCUCCAAGUGGAUUUCUUUGCAAUGGUUACAAUUUUAUUGUUUGAGGUCAAUUAUAAAUUAAUUAAUGGGAGAUUUGCCCCAAGCCUUGGUUAAAUCUAUAAAGGUAUAUUAGAUAAAUGCCAUCAUUUAAAGACAGUGGCGUGGCAACUCAGUUGUCUUGGCUGCGCAUGAUGAGAAAAUAUUAAAAUAUACCAGCAAACAGUGUACGCUAGUCAUGAUGAUGUGGAAAGGUGAUAAUUUGCUGAGGUGAUAAUUAAUUGCUCUCUUAUGUAACUUCUCAGCCAAUCUUUACAAGAAAGGACAGCACUAAAGCAUUUCAAUGGAGAAUAAGAAACCUUCCAUAUCCACUGAAUGUGUACAGUGUGACAGUAAAUGAAGAUGAGAACUCCAUCACUGUCAGAACAAGCAAUAAAAAGUAGGUAAAGUAGUCAUGCAGAGCUAAAUGAUAUUAAAAUGUUUGUAAUGUACUGGUACAAUGUAACUAAUUGAAAAUUAUAUUUGCUUAAUAAUAUUGUAAAUCCUGUUACGUAACCAUUUCAAAGAAUUAUAACCUCUUUGGUUGCCUGCAAGAGCCAAAUAAAAGCUGAAAAAAGUUGUCUUCCGUCUAGUGCACAUUAAAGAAGCUGAAGCCUGUUUCAAACAUAGAACUUGUGGCAGCUGAAUGAUGCUAAUGAGUGAGAGGAAUACUAGCCUGCCACACAGGCUAGAGGAAUACAUGUACAUGAAUUCUGCAACUCUUCCUUAUUAGCAUUAAAUUUGGUUAAUGUACUCUGUACAUGUAAUGUUCAACAUUUGAAUUGUGCAUUAGGUCAAUGUUGAACUUCAAACUUCACAUAAGACGAACAGAUACUAAUAAGGAAAAUAUUGGAUUUUUUUCUCAUUAGCUGUAGAAAUGAGCUAUGAAGAGCACCCUUUUGUUGUGUAUGUUGCAGUUAAUUUUUUAUUUCAGGUAAUUUUUGUUUUUCCUUUUUUUCAAAUUCAUGAGCAUACAAUACCAUACCUAAAAACAAUGGAAAAAUAAACUGAAAUAAAAAAUUAACUGCAAGAUAUACAUGUGCCAUUUUCUGUCUGUAUAGAAAGCAACAAUGGUACAGUUUUAUGUCCCAAAAAUGCAUUUUGUAUUUCUCUCAAUCUUUUCUAUUUAAUUCAAGUAAUCAGCCAUCUAGGAAUUAAAUAAAUAAUUUUAUUUUAUACUUAAUCUUUUUUUUUUUCUAAAAGGAAAACUGUUUGUCUUUUUUUUGCAGAUAUUUUAAAAGAUUUAACAUUCCAGAUAUGGAUAGAGCAAAGCUGAAGUUAGAACAAAGUGCAAUUUCUGCAGCUCAUGCAAAUAACACUCUUAUCAUAACGGUAAGUCUACUUAAAGCAUUUUGAUAAAUGAAUAAUCCUCAUUUCUAAACUCUUGUUUAUUGUGCAUUGUUCGUACAGUUUCCUUUGACCACAAAGUUUGUACUUGUACACAGAAUAUGCUCCUGUCUCCAACCGAAUUGUGCAAUUUAUAUCACUAGCCAAAUUAUAAUAGGUACCUUAUUAUAAAAUAGAAUUGAACCCGUGUCAGCAAUAAAUAAGCGUGGGGAAUGGUGUCUGACAAAGGUGGAGCCAAUAAACAAACCCAGCCCAACGGGUGGGGUAAAUUUAUAUUAAAAACUUAAGCUCUCUAGAUGAGCCCUUUAGGCUCUUAGAGCAAAUGUCAUAAUAAAUAUUGUUUAUAAAAACAUUAAAAAAUAAUUGAAAAAAUCUUUUGAAUGCGCUUGUUAUACAACGAAGUCAUUUCAACCUUCUUAAGUAAGGUCGUGCAGUUGAAGUGUAAUGAGUUAAAAUAAAUCAAAGUAUGCAUUUAUUAAGUCCUUCCAGCUUUUCACUGCUGUGUGUGCCACAAAAUGCCAUACUGAAGUGUAAUAAUUUUUACUAAACAAUUAGGAUGGUUAAGGAUUUAAAACAGAUUAAAUCUCCAGAACAGAACCGCACAACAUGGCCUAAACUCACACAUUAAUAACUGUGCACGCAUGCCUAGGGAAAUACCGCUGAUCAUUACAACUUUCCCCUAUAAAGAAAAAUAAGCAACGAUACAAACCACAGGAAGAAAAAGGGUUUCUUGAGAGAACAAUCAAGCAUCCAAUAAAUGCUAUGUGCGAAAACGGAAACAGUUAAUGUUCACAAGUUCUUGUCCUCGAAUCAUAAUGGUCUCCGUAAGAAGUGAGAACGGUUGAUGUUCAAUGUUCACAAACGUUAAACAUAGUCCUUAUAAAAUCGUGAUGGCCUCCGUAUGACCCUUCCACUCCUAUUCUUGUAUUGCUCUGACGUCUACAUAGAGCCAUCGCCUGAAUGCUUUCUCUCUUGCUCUUGGGACGCUGAGACAGGUUCCUCUGCUACUAGGUUUGCUUAACUGACUUGUUCCUUGCAAGGUGAACGUCCAUUUACACUUCCUGUUGAUGCAAGACCACAGAACGGCAGUUUCAUCAACACCUUCCUAUUUCUGUGGUUUUCUCCACCAUUAUCUCUUUGCACUCUAUAGGACCUUGUAGGUGUUUCUGCAUGGUGCACUACCACCCCUGGUUCCCAGCGCUUUUCCAUGCCUACCCUGAUCUGCUCGCCUUUUUCUAAACGGGGUAGCUAUUUGGUGUACUGAUCAAAAUAGUAUUUUUGCUUCUCUUGCUUCAGCCUUAUACCUUCCUUUACUCUGUUUGGAUCCAGGACUCUGGGUUGCAGUUGAGCUUCAGUCGUGGUGAUAAUUGAUCUGAGUCGUCUACUCAUGAGAAGUUGGGCUGGUGAAUCGACCUCAUCAAUAGGUGUGUUCCUGUAUUCUAAUAAUCCUAGAUAUGGAUCACGGUUGUCUUGCUUUGCUUUGGUUAGGAGAUAUUUUACCGUUUGAACUGAUUUUUCAACGAGCCCAUUUCCUUGUGGGAAGAGUGGACUGGUGGUGGUGUGUUUGAAUUCCCAAUGUUUCGUGAAUGAUUCAAAUUCCUUGGAUGAGUACUGAGUACCAUUGUCGCUGAUUACCUCACAUGGUAUUCCGUGAUACGCAAAAGCAGAUUUGCUGUGGGCGGAGACCGUGUUACUUUUGGUGUCUGGCAGUUUGGCUACUUCAAAAAAUCACGGGUGGUAAUCCACAGUAAUGAGGUAUUCUGAUUUAUCCCAGGUGAACAGGGCUGUUGCUACCUUUUCCCAAGGCUUGCUUGGUAAUUGGGAGGGAAUCAUUGGCUCCUUCGCAUUUUGCUUCUGGUGUUGUUGGCAUAUACUGUGCACCUUGCAAUGUUUACCUGAAUUCCAGAACCCAUCUUAAGCCAGUAUAACACUUCUCAUGCUCGUUGCUUGGAUUUCUCUAUGCCCAUGUGGCCUUGAUGAAUUCUUUCUAACAUUUCCUUUCGCAUUGAGGUGGGGAUAAAAAAUCUUCCACCUCUUAGAAUGACACUGUUCAGUUCGGUCAGUUCAUCUCUUACGUCCCAAAACAUGCAGGUACUCUUCCAGAGACAGGCCUUUGUUUCUGGCCAUCCAUGUUUGAUAAUUUCACUGAGGUCUUUCAGUGACUCGUCUUUGGUUAUUUCCUCACGUAUUUCUUCAAGUUUGGGUUUUGAGACUGGCAGGCCUGACUGUAUCAGAUGAACGUGCAGUGCAAUUUCCGGUUGCAUGGUGUUAAUAUCUGUUGUCUCAGGACAGCAUGGUGCCCAGGACAGCAUGUCUGGGAGUACUAACUCCCUUCCAGGCUUAUAUUCUAGUCUGUAGUCAUACGUUUGCAUUCUCAUCAGAAUUUUUUGUAGGCUAGGCUGUGCUGUCGCUAAGGGCUUCUUCACAAUUAUUUCUAGGGGUCUGUGAUCUGAUUCCACGUGCACUUUCUUUCCGUAAGUUUAUUGGUUGAAUCGCUCAAGGCUGAACUGAGCUGCCAAGACUUCCUUUUCUUCUUGAGCGUAUCUUGAUUUGACCUCGGUUAACGAUCUUGCUGCGUAAGCCAUGGGACAAUUGUCUUGCAGUAAGACUCCGCCAAGGCCUGUAGGUAAGGCAUCGCAGCUGAUGGUUACUGGUUUUGUACAUUAGAAAACCUGAGAACGGGACCUCUAUUCUCAGUUAAGACAGUCUUAAUUUCUUGAAAGUCUUUGCCUUGCUCAUGUGAGCACUGAAAUUCAAUGUCCUUUCGCAGAAGCACCCUAAUGGGUUCAUUGAGAGAUGCCAGAUUGGGAAUGAAUUUUCCGAGGUAGUUGACUGUACCGAGUAAUCUUUCAACUCCUUUCUUGUCAGUUGGUGCUGGCAUGUCCUUAAUGGCACGAACUUUUCAUCAUCGGGUUUGGUCGCCUCUUGUGUAAGUUUGUGACUUCCUUGACUUUGAAGACACAUCUUUUCUCGUUUAGUUUCAAGUUAAUCUUCUUACAUCGAUUCAGGUAUUUCUUUUGACGGCAAUCAUGUUUCAUUUCCGUGCCAGAGUGUACAAUAAUGUUAGUUUCAACACCUUCCAAGUCAACAAAGUGUUGACUCAUUCGCUUCUGAAAAACUUCUUGAAAAGAUUGAAUGCCAAAUGUGGUAACUUGUUAGCAAAACCUUCCAAAUGGCGUACUGAAGGUGGAAAGAAGUUGACUCCUUUCAUCUAGUGGUAUCUGCCAAUUACCUCGAUUUGCAUCAAACUUGGUAAAUCAUUUUGCAUUUGCCAGGCAGGUUGUGAUAUUUUCAGUGGAGGGUAGCUGAAAAUGUUCCCUUUUUAUGGCCUUGUACAGGUGUCUUGAAUCUAAAGAAAUGCGCAAACUACCAUCAGGCUUUUCAACUAAGGCAAAUGAAUUAACCCAGUCAGUGGGUUCUUCGACUUUGCGUAUUACUCCUCGCUUCCCCGUGUCAUCCAACUCUGGUUUCACUCUCUCUUGAAGUGCGGCUGGUAUUGUUCUAAGAGGAUUGAUAACUGUUGAAACGGUUGGAUGUAUUUCAAUGUGGUAAGGUUUAUCUAAACGUCCCAGUCCAUGUGCAUAUUUCUGCUAGACCUCUUUCAAUUCUUGAGAUGUCCUUGUAGUUGGGAUGCUAUCAUCGGUGGUGGUUUCUUCCCUCUCUGUAUUUGCUGUCAUGACAACUUUAAUUAGGCCCAAGUUUUGUGAGGAGCGAAGUCCCAGUAAUCCCGGCUGAUUUGUUUCCACUACAUGGAAUGUUGGCUCUAGUUCAACAUCUGACUUGGAUUUCACGGGUAAUUUUAUGAUUCCUAGAACCUUGAGAUUAUUUUCUGAAUAACUAACCAGUUUUUAGUUGCACAGAUCCUUUUAGGGGUUAUCCCGUUCAAUCUUCUUGAGUUCCUUACAUGGUAUUAUGUUCACUUGCGAACCAGUGUCCACUUUAAGUCGCAUGAGAUGUCCCUGUGCUGGUAAAGUCCCGUAGCACUCGUCAUUCUGAAUCUGAACUUCUGUAGUGACUGCUCCUACAAACAGUGGAGACUCACUGUCAUUCUCCUCUUCUUCUUCUGCCAUUAGCCCUUGGACUGUCUUUUAUGACCAGCACGUGCUCUGGAAAUGAUGCUGUUUCUUGCAAUUGUGACAUGUCUUGCCAUAUGCUGGGCAUUCUCUUACACAAUGUCUUGUGCCACAAUUUCUCCAAUCAAAUAUCUUGCUUGAGCUGGAUCUAUCUUCAUUGGCUGAGGAUGUCUUUCUGUAUGGUGGUUUUUUCUUCGUCACUCCAAUUCCAUGUACGGCUGAGUCGUUUUCCUUGUGUCUUAGUUGUAUCUCUGUUGCCUCUGCGGAUCGAACCAUAUCUAUGGCCUUUUCCAGGGUUAGGUCUGAAAUCCUAAACAAUCUCUCUCUUGUCUUAGGGUCACUGCUGCCAAGUACAAUUCUAUCUUUGAUAAGUGAGUUUUUCAAUGUACUGAGUUCACAUGAUUCACUCAGCUUCCUUAACACAGUAACAUGUUGAUCAAUGGUUUCGCUACUUUUCUGGGCUCUUGAAAAGAACUCGUAUCUCUCGUAACUUAAGUUUUUUCCUCGGUUCACAGAAUUCCUCAAGUUUCUCUAUUAUUUUAUCAAUCUUUUUGUCAUCACCUCUGCAUCCCAUGGCAAAGUGUUAAAAACAUCAAUAGCAUCGUUGGCAAUGACUUUUAGCAGCGUAGCUACUCUGGUUGCACUUUCCUUGGUGUUUAUGCCAGUUGCAAUUUCGUGAUGUGUGUACUUUUGUUUGAACUUCUUCAAGUUUUCUGAGACAUUUCCGCAGAUCGAGUGGUUCUGGGGAAGGGAGGCCUAAAUGGAACGCCAUUUCUUGUGUAGUCGCGAGAUUGUCUUGAUCUGUAUUUCCGUUGUGUACUUUUGUUUGAACUUCUUCAAGUUUUCUGAGACAUUUCCGCAGAUCGAGUGGUUCUGGGGAAGGGAGGCCUAAAUGGAACGCCAUUUCUUGUGUAGUCGCGAGAUUGUCUUGAUCUGUAUUUCCGGCAUUUCCUUGAGUUGUAUUUCCGUUAUUUAAUUGAGGUCAGGUGUACCUCCGGAGUGGUUCCUUUUUCUUCAGGUGCGUUUGCUUCCUCUAUCUGGCCAAGAUUUCCUGCUCCAGUUACAGUUUCCUGGGACAUGUAGUUUUCCAGAUCGCCGAUGCCAACGUUCUGUCUUCGUUCCACAACUUCACCCUACCGUCGCAGAAUUUUCUUCUCGUGCUUCACUCCUGACACCUUGUAAUAAUCUUUACUAAACAACUAGGAUGGUUGAGGAUUCAAAACAGAAUUAAUCUCCAGAACAGAACUGCACAACAUGGCUGAAAUUCACACAUUAAAAACUGUGCACGCAUGCCUAGGAAAAUACCGCAGAUCAUUACAUGAAGAACAUUGAUAAACUAAAGUGCGGCAGAAUUUAUACCUUGUAUAGUUUUAAGCAAUGUAUCCUUAGAGAUGAUGUUGCGUAACCGUUAACAUAAACAAUAAACUGAUUAUCAAUUUUUCUUGCAAACAGUAUUCUAUCAAAGUUAGUCUAACACUGAUCUAUACCCAUUCCGAACAUACAGUAUGCACUCUCAUUUCAUUGGAAAAGAAAACUGAUGGUCGGUAUGACCAGCAACUAACGUCUGAUGCUUCUUUGCGUCAAAGAUCAUGCCAUUUUGGCUGUACCUUGGGUUUGCAUUUUCCACGUCAUUACUAAUGUACCUAUCUAGAACAAGUGGGUCCACAUCAGAGUGGUAGCAGAUCUGGUGAUCAGGUCGGCGUAAGAGUUCAAAAUAGUUUGCUUAACGUGGAAAAAUAGAUCGUUUAUAUGAGUAAAAAGGUCUCGAGUGACUUUAAGCGUCUUCUUUUGCCGGUCCUCGGUUACUACAGAUGUCCCCUGAAAGCUUGAGAAGUUCAAAGAAUUGAGUUAUAGCUGUGGAAUUGUGACAAUAAACAAUUCUCCGCCUGAAGAAUGCUUUUGCUCUUGGUCUUUUAUAGUGAAACCUGUAUUAAGCGGACACCCUCGGGGAAUGCUGUAGUGUCCGCUUAAUACAGGGUGUCCGCCUAAUACAGGUUUCGAUAGUUAACGUCAUUUGAGGUGUCAAAUGCCAUUCAAAUGAACAGUGGAAACGUUAGAAUACUCCCAUAGACUGUGACGAUAGAAGUUUGCAUUAAUUUCUUUAUCAAAGUGAACCAAUUGAUCAAAGUACCAUAAACAUUGAUUGCAACUCAAAUUUGAAGAAAUCAUAUGAGUGAAAAAAGCGUUAUACAAACAAAACGAAAUAGAAAACAAUACAGUACGGUGAAACUAAUCAAAUAAGUUCGUCAAGUCAAGUUUUUAAAUGUAAAAAUCGAAAAAUUUGUGGGUGGCGAUUCGAGCCAAUCUUUCACAUUUCCGGUGACUGGCAUGUUGGGUCGUGGAAUUUAAUUACAAGUNACUGGGUCGAGUCACCUUAAUACGGUGUCCGCUUAAUACAGGUUUCACUGUAUUUGAAUGUAAUUCCAUUUUCGAUGGAUACACACGUAGUAUAUACCAUUUCAAUUCGGAAAUAGUUAAAACAGAUUCCCAGUGAUUUCUGGUAGCUAAAUUGGCUUUAGAGCCUAAACUGCCGAGAAAAUAUGCGAGUAUGUAGCAGAGCGCCAAGAACGCGCGUCCGUCCAUGUCGACAGGCUUUGCCUCGAAACUAGGCACGGUCAUACGUCACAGUCUAAACUAAAAACCUUACCACAUACUUUCCCUGCCAAGAGGGAUGGGUGGCCCGGGGUAAAAACAGCGAGAACUUCCCAGAAGCGCGUAAAAGAACGCAGAAUGACUUCACACUUGAACCCGAGCUGUAAAAUGCAACGCUCCUGCACAAACCCCCAGCCAUCUCCUUUCUUUUUACCACGUUAAAUGCCAUGGGCAGUUUUUUUCUUCUUUUUGCCGUAUUUGUUGUAGUUCAAUUUUAUUCAUGAUUGGUUCAAAUUUUGUAUUCCUUUGUUUUGGGCUAUGGUACUAUAUGAUAAUGGUUUCAAUCUAAGGAAAAUAAAUUUUGAACCAACGAUAAAGUUGACCCACAACAUAUGCAUGGAUAUUUCCCUUGGUAAGUUUAUCUCGCGAAAUUGCGGUCACACGCACCAAACCGAUUUCGCACGGUAAAAAAGUCAUUUUCCACGUUGAAAGUGUCUCGUGUAACCGCACCUGUUGUAUCGUGUUUGACUUAGCCUAAAUUACUUUGAGCCACAUGAAAAAUACUACCCAGCCAAGAGAGAAGUCACGAAAUUUGUACACAUUGAUUUAUGCAAUGGUCGUAUUUUUUUUCUUAGUAACGUUAUUUGUGCUGUGAUAUUGCGGUUUACAGGCAUACAGGGGAUAGGCAUCUUUGUUGUUCCUCCCCCUCGGUUGCGAGAUCAUUUCGUAGUCAUAAACAAAGGUGCUCUACAAUUCUGAAUACAGAGUGGCUUAUAAUCCCAAUUACGUUUUUGUUGAAUUUGAUGCAGCACACUGUGGUAAAAAAAGCGAUGCUUAGUCAUUGCAAUACAUUGAAAUGUAUGUAACAGGAGUUUAAGUCACAACUGCGGAAGGAUAUUUCAAAUAAAAUCACUCGACUUCAGAGCAAGGUUUGGAGGAAGAAUGGCACGAUUGCCUAUCGGCUUGGUUUUCAUGAUUAUAGCAGGCGCUAACUUGUCCCGAAAAUUCGAAUUGGCGGCUCGUUCUGCCUAAGAGCAAUUCGUUUCUGAAAUUUUAAAGAAAAAAUUCAGAGCUGAAUUGUGAUUAAAUUCUUAUUCAACGAUUUGUCAUAAAAUUUUUGUCAAUAAAAGCUGAUACCAGAAAUUUCACUCCCAACAAUCAGCAAAAUUUUUAACUUGGCGCGAGUUUCUUUGAAAAGUAGGGCCCACUUAAUCGCUAACUUCCUCAAAAAUAUUUACCACUAGUAGUAUCGGAUUGUUUCAUGUUAUUAUUGCUAAAUAAUAGAUGUAGAUCUUCUCAAAGUUUCGUAGCCGUCGCAUUAAAAACGAGCCACCGGGAGAACCGUCGGGGAAAGUCUUUUUUUUAGCGUUCAAACGCACCCAGUAGUGGGGUUCCAUUGCCUAAAUGUACAGUCAACUCUCUCGUAACAGACCACCCUUGGUGCAAGACAAAAUGGUCAUGGUCAAUCAAGAAAAUAAGCCUAAACUGAACUGAUUAACAUAAUCACAUAAAGUUUUUACCUUAAAAGCUAAAACUUAGGCAAAUAGACAACUAGCAAUAAUCCUAUACAUCGAAUAGCGCUUGAAGAUGUUGAAACUAUGUAUGGACAUAACAUUUUGCAUCAUCAUUUAUAGAGAUCGUAUUACCGCCGCCUUCCGUGUAACUCUACUGCUAUAAUCUCUUAGCAAGCUUGGUCAGUAAUAUCAAAAACUGAACUUUUGUGACAUUCAGGCAAUGGUUUUCUUACAAUCAUGCCGGGUGGUCGCUUACGGGAUACAGAAAACAAAAGAAUAUGUAAAAAUUUUGGGCUAAAAAGUGGUCGCGGUCGUUACGGAAUUUAAGUAGUGUUCGCUUACGAGAGAGUUUUUGACACAGUAUUUGAGUGAGAAACAAAACGGUUAUUUUCAAAGUGGUCGCUUACGGGAGGUGGCUGCUCGUGAGAAGUGGUCGCUAUGAGAGAGUUGACUGUAGUAUCUGUGCAGCUCUAAUGUGUUAAAAAAACGCCAACUAUAACUGAAAUAUACACUUGAGUCAUGUUUUUGUCCCUGUUUACAACGUUUUAAUUCUUAGGACAGACUUGCAUACAAUUCUCUCGUGGUAUCUUUUGACGGCAAUAAGUUAAUCAUUAAAAACACUUUUACUGGUAGUUUUUGCCGCUGGCAAUACAUAUACUAGCCGAACCCUAGCAUGUUACACAUUAACAACUGUGACUAAGAACUUGCCAUGUUUGUCACAGCAUCGAAACAUUCCUUUGUCACAUCCACCAGCACAGUUAUCUAUUGACCACUUGUUGUUUCUCCAUGCGAUGGCAAUUGUAUGUUGGUGACCAGCUCCAGGUGAGGUGAUAAUGUUGUCAAUACGUUGUCCUUUUUUAGCAAGCUCCACCUCCUCUGGUGUCAAAGUGACUUCGUGGGUGUGUGGUCCUGGUGGUGUGGCUGCUGCAUCCUCCAUCUUCAGCGUCAGGGAUCUCUUUGCAGGUUCCGUGGGUGGAACAUUACCGUUUCCUAUCAGUGGUUCCCUAUAGAUGUAGCUGUAAGUAUUGGAUUUCAUCAGGAUAUCUUUAGUCGCCUCAAGUUCCUUCCAAACAGCACUUCCUUCUCCAUGAACAGGCAUAAUUGGAUAUCGCUGUCGACAGAUUCCUAUGCCGCUAAUGAGUGGAAGAAAGAUUCGUGUUCCGCUGGCGCGGGUGAUCCUAACAUCAAUUCCAUUCCGAUCCAAAACUCCAACGCUAUUCUUGGUGGUGUCUGCAGCGUCGCUGCUAACCUCCUUUCCUGAAAAGAAGGCCGAUGGAGUUAGAUAGUACUUCUUGCUAUUGGUACCAUUGUAGGCCCUUUCUGGAGUUCUUCCUCCAUAGCGACCACCAAGAUACACGGUCUUUCCGUAGGGCGUCUUCUCAUCUCCUUUGUACUCAAGGUCAAACGGGUUCCAUUUGUUCAGGGGUGUCAUAUAUAUUAUUUCGAAUGGAAUGGCAUACGAAAACUUCUGAGAAACUGUCUUGCACCGAGGCCAGCGUUUUGAACCCUUGCAGGUCUUGAGUGUCAUACCAGCCACUUUAGGUUGGGUGGUCAUGGCCAUGAACAGGUUCUCAUCGGCAUAGCCGCGACGCCUUAAGGAUUCGCCCAUAGCGUCUUUUUCCAAAACCUUGAACCAGCGAUGGUAGUAACCGGCAUUUAUUUUUCCGCUCUUCUUUGGGUCAAUGGUGUGAGCUGGUAGCUCAAAUGCUUCAUCCGUUAGAUUAGCUUGAUAGUUGUCUUUUCCAGGAAUCUCGCUCAUCAGCUCAUCUAGCAGUGUGAACCUGGGAUUGUUGUAUUUUUCGGUCCACGUGUCUGAGUCUUGAGGGUUGAGUUGGAAUCUUGCUGCACGGAAAUUUUUCUGUUCCUCGUAUUUUCUUCGUGCAGGAAGCCUUGCGUGGAACUCGUCAACCACACGAAAUCUAUUCAAGGGAAUGUCAUGGCUCACUGGGUGGCACAAAAUGCGGUAAUUCCAUUGUGCAAAGACAGGAAUCGUUUCGUUUAUAAUGUCAAUGAUGGUGGUCGGAAGGAAGGAGAAGUUUUCGAGAUUGUCCUUCCUGCCAGUGUAAGAAGUAAAGCGAAUUUUUUCUUGUAGGUCAAACCAUGUUUGGGCAUCAAUAAAAUGUCUGUCACUUUCAAACGGCUCGUCGAUGUCUUUUGUUGCUGUGGUCCAGGCGCCCUCUAGAAAGCACAGUACGGGCUUGAAAUACUUCCUGUAAUCUCUAACUGUGUGAUUUUGUGAUUUCCAUGCCCUGAACCAUUCGCGCAUCUCCACGAUUUGUUCAUCCACGGUAGACUUGUUUUUCACCUCUGGUGGUACUUCUGGAAAAGGAAUUGGUUCCGUUGCGUGGUAUUCUUUGCUAGUUUUGCUUGGCAUGUAGAGCCGGUAGUCGUUGUGUCUUGUCCUAAAUUCUACCCCAUUAAGAACGCCAAUGAACUCUCCCAGGCCCACCGUGCGGAUGUUGUUUGCGUGUUCAUGAAUAGCCAAGAGUCUUCUAGAGUUGCCGUGGGUAUCUGAAAAGUAGUUACGUGUUCCAGUGUUACUGAGGCGCACUUGCUUCACACCCGAAUCACCAUCAGAUCUGAUGCGUUCUUCAACAAACAUCUGCUGCAGCAUGACUUGUCGGGACAGGGCCCCGAUAAUUUGGCGUAGUGACUGCAUUUCUGCUGAAAGCUUUUGGUCAGCAUUUUCAAAAGCAUCUGUUAUCCCUCCUAGGAACUCGCCUCUGAUUGCACCAGCUGUAAGCACAAUCCAAAGAGACAGAACUUGGAUGACUGUAGCCAUUUCUUUAAAGGAAGAGAUGGAGAAAAAAUGUUAGCUCUGAAUUGAAGAAGGCUUAAUUGGAAUGGAGGGACCGCAGCCCUCUCUGAGAAUAGUGAUGAGUAAUUUUUCCCUUUGUCGUGAACCCUAGCAUUGACUAUCAAAUAGUCUGCAAACUGCCAUUCCGCUAUCAUUAAAAGGGUACCGACAGGAGCCAAGAGCGUUAUAUGGCUUAUUUCGCGAGCAGGCAAGAUGAAGCCAAUCUUUCGCUCUGAUCGGCUACCCGAGCGGGCAAGAUAAGACAUUCUUAAUAGCCUCUUGGCAUUUCCCGCGCUUUGGACCCGCAAGGAAAAAAUAUUUUAUCAGGCGUGUAAUAAAUUCUUUAUUGACCAGACUUGUUUUGUCAAGAUUGCUGGACAUUGUCCUCGUUCUCUUUUCACGUUUCUACUGACCUUGGCCUUAGACAGGUUAAGCAUCACGUUCACGUCAAACGGCAAACGCGAAUUUUUACCACGUGACCAAGUUUCCCCUUAACUUGUCGUUUACUGUUUAUUAUUUCCACAGAUAAAUUAGUAGUUGCACCUAAUUUUUUUUAUCCAUAAGAAUUGUUUUGAGCUGUUUUUAUCUGCUCAUUUUCUAUUUUGAGAAAUUCGCAACUUGAAUAUGACGUUUGCCGUUUACUCAAAUGGUCAAGUGAAAUAAAGAAGAGGAAACCUUCCUCGGCUCAAACGGAUAAAUACUCGUAAAAGAUCUAUUAUCAUGGACAUACAAUGUUACCUACAGUUAUUUACAUUUGAAACCUUUUUCAGCUUUUUAUUGAAGAGAAGAUAAGAGGAAAUUAACACACUUGAAAAAUAAGCAUAUUUAAGCGUAAAAAAGUUACGCAAAAAGAUUUUUUUCUCCCUCGCAGGAGAUUAGUAAAGCUUAUGAUUUAAAGAACCUGAUAAUCCUUCUAGUAGAAAAGGUAACUGUAAUAGUUGAUCAAAUUAUUCGCGAAAGUUAUUGCGAAACAAUCAUCCUUUGUUCAAAAAUAGCAAACGUGGUAUGUGGCACGUACGAUUUAUCUCGUCCGUUCAAAGCCGCUUUGUACAGCUAAUUGUUUGUCGUGCGAAAACUGCAAAUGUUUGCCAAAUGAACCGCUUUGGGCGCAUAAUGAUAUUAAGUCCGUGGACAUUAUUUUGACAAUAUCCUCUUUUUUCAUCAAUUAGCUUCAGUUGUAAGAGGGCCUUACUACUGUCAGAGUUUCAGAAACGAAUUAUCGUUUUGCCAAACUUUCCUUGCUAUUUCUUUUUAUAAUAUAUUGGUGCUUAGAGAAGUUACAGUUAGUAGAACAGAUCGAUCGCAUCGGGACCUCGAGUGUGUCCCUUCACUUAUAUUUUGAUACAUUUAAUACAGAUUAUGAUUGUUUAGUAAAACACUUGAUUACCGAAACUAAUGCUGUUCAAUUCUUAGAAUGAUUUAGUCAGUGUGAUCAGGAUGGUUUUCAAGCCCAAAAAUACUCAUCGUAAUUUUUAGGAGACUGUACAUUGCAUCUGCUAUUCUUAAGGUGCAAUUACCAGAUUCCAGACCUUACACUUUAGUGCUGCUCCUACCUAGCUGUAUAGCUUUUAAGUACUCUGCCCUAAGAGUGUGUGUGCGUUGUGGGGGGAGACAACCUGCGUGUCUCUAAAGAAAAGGAACUGAACCUUGAUUAAAUCUCUGUCUCUGUCAUCUUUAGUGUUGAAUAUUUUAAGAAUUUUUCCAAUAAUCGUCCAAGCAUCCUAUCAGUAUUAAUAAUAGUAAGUGAAAAUUUGUCCGUAUUUUAUAUUUUUUGUUCUUUUAAUGCUGAUUUUACGGAAGUUCAUGUUCUGUAUAAUUGUACUAGUCUGUGUCAAUAUCCCCAAAUGUUGAGUUUAAAAAGAAAACCGUAUUGCUAAGAAGUGUAACAAAAAGCCAAGUGAUUAUUAUAUUAAGUAGUAGAGUAAAGGUACGCUGUUUCUCGCCGAUAAUACGAAAAAUAUAAUACAGUCAACUAUUUUGUUCGUUCGUUUCCUUUUCUGGUUUCUUUUUCUCCGUUUCUUUACGUUAUGUAAAUCUUUUCGAAACAAUUGUUGACUUUUGUCAUAUGAAAAAAAUUUUGCAGGACUGCGCGCAUGCAACGAUUAACAGUCCUUUCCUUUUAAGUCCUUCUCAGACUUGACAUCAAUCCUUUGCUAAGGUUUGGAUCUUUCACAGAGCAAGUUGGUAAUUGAAAUUCUUAGAGGAAGGCAUACUUUGAAAGUAUUAAGUGAGUAGGUUUCUUUUGAUGUUAAAUCAGUUAUAACAAUCCGUGAUGUAGUGCACGCUAGCCUCUUCUUUUGGCUCGUUGCUUGUAGCACGCCUCGGUGAUUUCAUUUACCCCGGUGGAUAUCUUUCUCUCAACUUAACAUAGCAACAGUUUGUAUGGCAAUAGUGCUGUAUAUAUAUAUAAUAGUGCUGUAUAUAUCCUGAAGUGUUUUUGUGUCCAACUGGCUUUCACGUCUUUCCAUCACCUUGAAAUCUUUUAAGGUGUUUUUUCUUUGUUUCCUAAUUUUAAACAUACAGAGUCGUUUAUUUAAAUCAAGUCUAACUUAGACCGUGGUUUAGGAAAUCUUUGGACCUCGAUAUCUCGUCCAUCGUGGAUUAUUUUGAUGAGACAAAUGCUUUUCUAAUCUACGCCAUAUGUUUUCAUGAAACUGUUCACGAUAAAUGGUGUUUAUAUAAAAGCGUUCGGCAAGACUGAAAACGGCUUAGAACGCGGUUUUGUUAAAAACUGGCUAAACUCCGUUUAAAUAACUGGCUCAAAGAAUUUUUGUUAUUGUUAAAAGUCAUUAUAAAAGUAUUAUCGGUCCUAAGAUUCUCAAACAUUUAAAAUAGCAGCUAGAGAGAGUUCCAACAGUCCAACCCAUUUAAGGCAUUUUUAGCUGGAAUGAUAUCUCGGCUGCAUUUAAAAAGAAAGCUAAAGGCCAGUUGUUGAAACGAAGUUUAGCCCUUGUUUAAAAAACCGCGUUCUGGGCCAUUUUCAGUUUGCCCAACGCUUUUAUGUAACAUCAUUUAUUGUGAACAAUUUCAAUAAAACAUGUAGUGUGGACUAGAAAAGCACUUAUUUUCUUAAAUUAACCUACUAAGAAAGAGAUCUGGAGGUUCAAUGAUUCCUUACACUGCGGCCUAAGUUAGACUUCGUUUAAAUAACCGACCCUAAAAUAUCUCAAAGCAACCAAGUCAUUUGACCGUAGGGGUGUCUAUUUUAAAUUAUUCUUUGUGUGCUCUUUCUUUUAAAUCGCCCAAGGACCAACGGAAUUGGUCCAGAUGAUGCAUGGUUUUUGGGGCGUUUGCCAUGUGCCUAGUUAUUUAAUCGGAUGAUGCCAAUACCAGUCUAAAACCUACAAAAAACUGGAGAGGAACCGUGCUAUAAAUUUCUGUUAUAAGCGAUGUAAUGUAAUGGCGUGAUUGAACUGUCUGCUGAAAGUUUACUUGUGAAAAAAACUAGUCACUGUAAAUUUCCUCAACUCAGUGCAUAAGUUAUGAUUUUUUACCUGGUGUAGAUUUAAAAUGUGAUCCCUGCGAUAUAGUGUCCUGUUAACUAAGCUGCGCUUGGAAGAUACUUCCUAUCUCUCAACAAGAGACAAAGUGUUUCAGUUAUUCUGUUGAAGAACCUUAUAUCAUGAUAAAAGUCNCCAGUUGUUGAAACGAAGUUUAGCCCUUGUUUAAAAAACCGCGUUCUGGGCCAUUUUCAGUUUGCCCAACGCUUUUAUGUAACAUCAUUUAUUGUGAACAAUUUCAAUAAAACAUGUAGUGUGGACUAGAAAAGCACUUAUUUUCUUAAAUUAACCUACUAAGAAAGAGAUCUGGAGGUUCAAUGAUUCCUUACACUGCGGCCUAAGUUAGACUUCGUUUAAAUAACCGACCCUAAAAUAUCUCAAAGCAACCAAGUCAUUUGACCGUAGGGGUGUCUAUUUUAAAUUAUUCUUUGUGUGCUCUUUCUUUUAAAUCGCCCAAGGACCAACGGAAUUGGUCCAGAUGAUGCAUGGUUUUUGGGGCGUUUGCCAUGUGCCUAGUUAUUUAAUCGGAUGAUGCCAAUACCAGUCUAAAACCUACAAAAAACUGGAGAGGAACCGUGCUAUAAAUUUCUGUUAUAAGCGAUGUAAUGUAAUGGCGUGAUUGAACUGUCUGCUGAAAGUUUACUUGUGAAAAAAACUAGUCACUGUAAAUUUCCUCAACUCAGUGCAUAAGUUAUGAUUUUUUACCUGGUGUAGAUUUAAAAUGUGAUCCCUGCGAUAUAGUGUCCUGUUAACUAAGCUGCGCUUGGAAGAUACUUCCUAUCUCUCAACAAGAGACAAAGUGUUUCAGUUAUUCUGUUGAAGAACCUUAUAUCAUGAUAAAAGUCUGACGUCACAACCAAAACAAAAGGCUGACGAGUGCCUAUAUGCACGACAGUCGGAUUCAAUGCUAGACAGAUUGCUGCCGAAAUACUCAUCUGAUAUUCAGUUAAAUGUCGAUCAUUUUCAUUCUUUCACAUGAUAGUCAACUCCUCUCGCAGACUGCUAGUUUUAUGAAUUAAUGAAUUAUUUAGCUUUACAAUGAAGUGUUAGUCUACAUGCUUUUUCGGCCAAAUGUAGGGAAUCGAAGCGUGUCUCAGAAAAAAAGCGUGACUCCGUUCUUAUUAAUAUAAUCCCUUCACUCAUUCACCCCUGAGCCGCCCGAAUCCAUUCGUGCGGAUCCUUGUGCCGGCUACCGCUUAUGAAGUCAUAGACAACUUUGACACCUAACUUGUGCAGGGGAGAGAGUUCCUCCAAAAUGGACUAUUAACAAAUGAGUACGAUUUAAAAAAGGCCAGGGAAAAAUCGCAGGCAAACAUGAAUUUGUACAACGUGACCAAGUUUUCCCUUUAUUCCAGUUUACUGUUUAUUUCUGCAACAAAGAAGAUAAGUGGUUUCACGUUAGUUUUACCCUUAAGAAUUAUUUUUGAUUUUUUUUAUCUGCUUGUUUUCUAUUUUGAGAAUUUCUCAACUUUGCCGUUUGCCGUAAGCCUGACUCUAAAUCGCCCUAAUUUUCUAUUGUGUGUCACUUGUACACUUCACCCAGACCUGAAAAGUGUUUGUUUUUAACAUUUUUUUUGGCGGUGGACAGGAGGAGCAUUAGAGACGUCUGAACUAUUGAAAAAGUGGUUCUUGGGGAUAUAAUUUGCUUAUUUGAUGUGUUUUCAAUGUAAGAGGAAAGUUUUCAAUAACUGUCCCAAGGAUUUUUGGGCCCCGCUGUAGAUUAAAGAAAGUGCAUUUCUAGGGAAGCAGUAGAGCAGCAGGGUUUUGAGGCUGAUUAAAUUUGGGAGAGUGGAGCGAGUGUUUUGAGUUUUGUAAGUAAUAUAUCAAACAUGAGAUGCAGUGUUUCAUCACCAGAUGAAACACCGAGAAGAGAGUUGAAAAUACGACGCGCAGCGGAGUAUUUUUGACGAACUUCGAGGUGUUUCAUCUGGUGAUGAAAUCAAAUGGUCAAGUGAAAUAAAGAAGAGGAAACCUUCCUCGGCUCAAACGGAUAAAUACUCGUAAAAGAUCUAUUAUCAUGGACAUACAAUGUUACCUACAGUUAUUUACAUUUGAAACCUUUUUCAGCUUUCUAUUGGAGAGAAGAUAAGAGGAAUUAACACACUUGAAAAAUAAGCAUAUUUAAGCGUAAAAAAGUUAUACAAAAAGAUUUUUUUCUCUCUUGCAGGAGAUUAGUAAAGCUUAUGAUUUAAAGAACCUUAUAAUCCUUCUUGUAGAAAAGGUAACUGUAAUAGUCGAUCAAAUUAUUCGCGAAAGUUAUUGCGAAACAAUCAUCCUUUGUUCAAAAAUAUCAAACGUGGUAUAUGGCACGUACGAUUUAUCUGGUCCGUUCAAAGCCGCUUUUUACAGCUAAUUUUAUGUCGUGCGAAAACUGCAAAUGUUUGCUAAAUGAACCGGUUUGGGCGCAUAAUGAUAUUAAGUCUGUGGACAUUAUUUUGACAAUAUCCUCUUUUUUCAUCAAUUAGCUUCAGUUGUAAGAAGGCCUUAUUACUGUCAGAGUUUCAGAAACGAAUUAUCGUUUAGCCAAACUUUCCUUGCUAUUUCUUUUUGUAAUAUAUUGGUGUUUAGAGAAGUUACAGUCAGGAGAACAGAUCGAUCGCGUCGGGACCUCGAGUGUGUCCCUUCACUUAUAUUUUGAUACAUUUAAUACAGGUUAUGAUUGUUUAGUAAAACACUUGAUUACCGAAACAAAUGCUGUUCAAUUUUAGAAUGGUUUAGUCAGUGUGAUCAGCAUGGUUUUCAAGCCCAAAAAUACUAAUCGUAAUUUUUAGGAGGCCGUACAUUGCAUCUUGGUGUCUCGUUAAAGAUGUUUCUUUUAUACAUCUUUUUUAUACAUCUUGCUUGCCUAAGCACUGCAUCUGUUGAAAAAAGUAGCUCCUUUCAGAUUGCGCUUAUUUGCUCUAUGCCUGCAACCAAACCAAAAACUCGAACCAUUGUUCUCUCUUCCUAUAAGAACAGAUCACAUUUUGCCCGUUUUAAAGUACAUUGUUUUGCUUCCAGAUAAAGGAAAAACAGAACUUUUCAAAAUGUGUAUUCUCACUGUCCCAGGCUAUCUCAGUUCAAGAUUCGGGAGAAGUAGGGGGGGGGGGGGGGGAGGGGAUCUUUGCGGUAUUCUUUUUUAACUCUUACCCUGUUUUGUACUAAAGUAUGUGAUUGCUCUCCCCACCUCCUUCAAACCGACUGCUAUUCUUAAGGUGCAAUUACCAUAUUCCAGACCUUACCCGUUAGUGCUGCUCCUACCUAGCUGUAAAGCUUUUAAGUACUCUCCCCCUAGGUUGUGUGUGCGUUGUAGGGGCAGACAACCUGCCUGUCUUUAAAGAAAAGGAACUGAACCUUGAUUAAAUCUCUUUCGCUGUUAUCUUCAGUGUUGAAUAUUUUAAGAAUUUUUCCAAAAAUCGUUCCAAGCAUCCUAUCAGUACUAAUAAUAGUAAGUGAAAAUUUGUCGGUAUUUUAUAUAUUUUUUCGUUUGAUGCUGAUUUUACUGAAGUUCAUGUUCUGUAUAAUUGUACUAGUCUGUGUCAAUAUCCCCAAAUGUUGAGUUUAAAAAAAAAAAGCGCAUUGCUAAGAAGUGUAACAAAAAUCUAAGUGAUUUAUUAAGUAGUAGAGUAAAGGUACGUUAUCGUAAAACUAUUAUGAAUGGGCUGGUCUAUGGUCGUAAAAAUGUGCAACUUCUCAUAGGCUGUUUUUAAGCAAAUACCGCGCCAAACGGCGUUGUUUCUCGCCGAUAAUACGAAAAAUGUAAUACAGUCAACUAUUUUGUUCGUUCGUUUCCUUUUUUGGUUUCUUUUUCUCCGUUUCUUUGCGUUAUGUAAAUCUUUUCGAAACAAUUGUUGAUUUUUGUCAUAUGAAAAACAUUUUACAGGACUGUGCUCAUACAAGGAUUAACAAUCCUUUCCUUUCAAGUCCUUCUCAGACUUGACAUCAAUCCUUUGCUAAGAUUUGGAUCUUUCACAGAGCAAGUUGGUAAUUGAAAUUCUUACAGGAAGGCAUACUUUGAAAGUAUUACGUGAGUAGGUUUCUUUUGAUGUUAAAUCAGUCAUAACAAUCCCUGAUGUACUGCACGCUAGCCUCUUCUUUUGGCUCGUUGCUUGUAGCACGCCUCGGUGAUUUAAUUUACCCCGGUGGAUAUCUUUCUCUCUACUUAACAUAGCAACAGUUUGUAUGGCAAUAAUGCUGUAUGUCGAUAAUUUUGCUGUGUUAUUCUAAUGUAAAAAGUCGGUUCAUUUAACCGGGAAUCAAAGAAGCAAAAGCAAUAAUCGUUUGCCUUGCACUGGUCUUUGUUCUUUAAGGGAGAGAGUUGAAUGUACGCAAAUACUACUUAGGAGUAUAUUAUAUCCUGAAGUGUUUUUGUGUCCAAUUGGCUUUCACGUCUUCCCAUCACCUUGAAAUCUUUGAAGGUGAUUUUUCUUUGUUUCCUAAUUUUAAACAUACAGGGUCGGUUAUUUAAAUGAAGUCUAACUUAGAACGCGGUUUAGGAAAUCUUUGGACUUCGAGAUCUCGUCCAUAGUGGAUUAUUUUAAUGAGAGAAAUGCUUUUCUAAUCUGCGCCAUAUGUUUUCGUGAAACUGUUCACGAUAAAUGGUGUUUAUAUAAAAACGUUCGGCAAGACUGAAAAUGGCUUAGAACGCGGUUUUGUUAAACACUGGCUAAACUCCGUUUAAAUAACUGGCUCACAGAAUUUUUGUUAUUGUUAAAAAUCAUGAUAAAAGUAUUAUUGGUCCUAAGAUUCUCAAACAUUUAUAAAAGCAGCUAUAGGGAGUUCUAACAGUCCAACCUAAUUAAGGCAUUUUUAGCUGGAAUGAUAUCUCGGCUGCAUUUAAAGAAAACUAAAGGCCAGUUGUUUAAACGAAGUUUAGCCCUUGUUUAACAAACCGCGUUCUGGGCCAUUUUCAGUUUUCCAAACGCUUCUAUGUAAACGUCAUUUAUCGUGAAAAAUUUCAAUAAAGCAUGUAGUGUAGACUGGAAAGCGCUUAUUUUCUUAAAUUAACCCACUAAGAAAGAGAUCUGGACGUCCAAUGAUUCCUUAACCUGCGGCCUAAGUUAUAGACUUCGUUUAAAUAACCCACCCUAAAAUAUCUCAAAGCAACCAAGUCAUUUGACCGUCGGGGUGUCUAUUUUAAAUUAUUCUUUGUUUGCUUUUUUCAAUCGCCCAAGGACCGACGGAAUUGCUCCAGAAUGAUGCAUGGUUUUUGGGGCGUUUGCCAUGUGCCUAGUUAGUUAAUCGGAUCAUGCCAAUACCAGUCUGAAACCUACAUAAAAAUGGAGGGGAACCUUGCUUUAAAUUUCUGCUAUAAGCGAUGUAAUGUAACAGCAUGAUUGAACUGUCUACUGAAAGUUUACUUUAAAAAAAAACUAGUCAUGGUAUAUUUCCUCAACUCAGUGCAUAAGUUGUGAUUUUUUACCUGCCGUCAAUUUAAAAUGUGAUCCCUGCGAUAUAGUGUCCUGUUAACUAAGCUGCGCUUGGAAGAUACUUCCUAUCUCUCAACAAGAGACAAAGUGUUUCAGUUAUUCUGUUGAAGAACCUUAUAUCAUGAUAAAAGUCUGACGUCACAACCAAAACAAAGGGCUGACGAGUGCCUAUAUGCACGACAGUCGGAUUCAAUGCUAGACAGAUUGCUGCCGAAAUACUCAUCUGAUAUUCAGUUAAAUGUCGAUCAUUUUCAUUUUUUCACAUGAUAGUCAACUACUCUCGCAGACUGCUAGUUUUAUGAAUUAAUGAAUUAUUUAGCUUUACAAUGAAGUGUUAGUCUACAUGCUUUUUCGGCCAAAUGUAGGGAAUCGAAGCGUGUCUCAGAAAAAAAGCGUGACUCCGUUCUUAUUAAUAUAAUCCCUUCACUCAUUCACCCCUGAGCCGCCCGAAUCCAUUCGUGCGGAUCCUUGUGCCGGCUACCGCUUAUGAAGUCAUAGACAACUUUGACACCUAACUUGUGCAGGGGAGAGAGUUCCUCCAAAAUGGACUAUUAACAAAUGAGUACGAUUUAAAAAAGGCCAGGGAAAAAUCGCAGGCAAACAUGAAUUUGUACAACGUGACCAAGUUUUCCCUUUAUUCCAGUUUACUGUUUAUUUCUGCAACAAAGAAGAUAAGUGGUUUCACGUUAGUUUUACCCUUAAGAAUUAUUUUUGAUUUUUUUUAUCUGCUUGUUUUCUAUUUUGAGAAUUUCUCAACUUUGCCGUUUGCCGUAAGCCUGACUCUAAAUCGCCCUAAUUUUCUAUUGUGUGUCACUUGUACACUUCACCCAGACCUGAAAAGUGUUUGUUUUUAACAUUUUUUUUGGCGGUGGACAGGAGGAGCAUUAGAGACGUCUGAACUAUUGAAAAAGUGGUUCUUGGGGAUAUAAUUUGCUUAUUUGAUGUGUUUUCAAUGUAAGAGGAAAGUUUUCAAUAACUGUCCCAAGGAUUUUUGGGCCCCGCUGUAGAUUAAAGAAAGUGCAUUUCUAGGGAAGCAGUAGAGCAGCAGGGUUUUGAGGCUGAUUAAAUUUGGGAGAGUGGAGCGAGUGUUUUGAGUUUUGUAAGUAAUAUAUCAAACAUGAGAUGCAGUGUUUCAUCACCAGAUGAAACACCGAGAAGAGAGUUGAAAAUACGACGCGCAGCGGAGUAUUUUUGACGAACUUCGAGGUGUUUCAUCUGGUGAUGAAACACUGUGUCGAAUGUUUGAUAUUUCUUCUCAAACAAAAUCAUUUUUGAAGGAGAAAUUAAGGAUGCAAAUACUAAGCAGUGUUUCAUCCGAUUUCCAAACACUCAUUAAACAUUAAUUUCCUUUGUAUUUUCUUAAUGAAUUAUUAAUGAGUUUGAGAAUACGAAAUGAAAAGUGAUCACAAAAUUAUUUUACAGGUGUCGAGGAAAAAAAGAAACCCUGGAUUAGUUAGUUGGGAAUUACAUUAUGUGUGCAGUAAGUUUAUUUUUAAAGCUUCAGUCACACAGAAUAUGGAGUCAGUGUCAAAUAACUAAAAAAAACAUCGUUUUUAUUUGUUUCAUAGUACCAAAAGCCUGCCCUCAUUCUAGAACAGGAAAAACUAAUUCGACAGGAACUGGCCAAGAUGAAAUCAAGCAGGGAUGGAGAUGUUGAAUGCAAACCUAGUUGACAAGAGUUAGCCGUCCGAUUAUCUGUAAGUUUUCUUAUGUACAUUUGUUGGAGAAUCCAUGGAGGUCCUACUUGUCUUAUGUGCAGUGAGUGGUGGUAUUUCAGAGCACAGGUUUUAUCAGUCUGAUCGCGUUAUUAAAUCGUCCAUAAUUAAACGUUGCUUGUGCAGUAGACGAUUUUAUGAAAAGGAAUGCCUCAAAGUAAUGCCGAGUAGAAUGUAUUACUUAUACAAAAACGGAAAGGAAGACUAACUCAGACUGCUGAAAGUUGACAGCUUGAAAAUCUUGAGUGGAGUUUAUACUACUACGCAAUAUGGAAUAUUCUUCGUAGCUACUAUACAUGGCUGAAAAGCCACCUUCCAGUCGAGGAAAUUUUGAUUGACAGCUGGAGGGAGAUCAUUUAAACUUCUGCGUAUUCUUUUUGCGUGUGGAACAUGUGGAUAUCUCAGAUCUGUCUCUAAUGUUGGAGACUAACUUAGCUGGCCUCCUGUUUUGUCGUAGUUACUCUUAUUCGUCAAUGGUUAUCUGAGAUAGAGACCUUUGGUGUAAUUCACACAGACUUGUGCUUGUCAAUAGGCUAUUUCAAACUCGUAGAAAGUAUCGGACGAACAGAUGUAACAUGCGGUCACUUGGGGAAAAGUGGUUUUCUGCUGAGAGCGUUUCUGAAUCAUAUGAUCUUCUGACAUUUCCAAUACGUGAUAAUCUGGAGGAGACUAAAUGUAAAUGAGGAACAGUGGAAAGACAAUAAAGAGAAC